UAUAUUUAUGUAUAUUUCAUAUGUCCUAUAUUUUGUUUUCGUAUAUGUAGAUUAGCCUGUAAGCUCUAUACCCCCCUCCCCUUCCCCCCUCCCUCUACUCUAACCAGUACGUUACAGCAGCAGUUCGCGUGCACGCGCCUCAAUACCGGCUCAUACCGGUAUAGAGAGAGAGAGAGAGAGAGUGAGAAAAGCGGGAUGACCGGGAGAGACAGAGGGAGACAGGGAUGAGAAACGCGCUGAGCAGAAAAGAGGAGAGGUACACGGACAGGUUUUAUUAAGUGUUCCGGCGGCAGGUCUCGGCCCGGUUCCGUUUGGUCGUUCUGAGGGUUUCCCCGCGCUGCUCUCCACUCAGCCUCUCAGAGAACCGCCUCAGAUGCCGGUAGAGAACAUCAACAUUUAAAGACCUCAGCGGCCGUGUCUUCCCGAGGAAACUCCAGCUUCUGCCCCGCCGUCUCUCCGCCUUUCGACAGGAAUAUUUGAGCCAUGAAGAGAGUGGUGCCCAUGCUGCGGGCGUGUACAAGCGCCAACGUAUACCCACAGAUUCCUGAUGGGGGCUGGGGAUGGGCUGUAGCUGUAGCCUUCUUCUUCACAGAAGUCUUCACCUACGGCAUCAUCAAAAUCUUCGGGAUCUUCCUGCAGGACUUAAUGAGCCAUUUUGAAGAGACCAACAGCCGAGUGUCAUGGAUCGUCUCUAUCUGCGUCUUUGUGAUGACAUUCACAGCCCCUUUAUCCACGGUGCUGAGUAAUCGCUUCGGAUGCAGGCCAGUGGUCAUGUUUGGGGGGUUACUGAUCAGUCUGGGGACCAUCAGCACAGCCUUCACACACUCCAUUAACCAGAUGUACAUCACUGUGGGCCUUGUCUCAGGCCUGGGCUACUGCCUCACUUUCCUGCCUACAGUCACCAUUCUCUCGCAGUACUUCAACAAGCGGCGCUCGCUCGUCACAUCUGUCGCCUCAACUGGAGAGUGUUUCUCCCUCUUCGCGUUGACUCCAGCCCUGAGCAUCCUAAAAGCUCAUGUAGGCUGGAGGAACUGCCUGGUUGUGAUUGGGCUAAUGCAGGCAUCACUCAUUGCCUUUGGAGCACUGCUUAGACCCAUUAUCAUCCAGCCCAAACUCUCUUCACCUGAGGAGGAGAAGGAGGGGCCGCAGUCUCCCCUCAAAAAGGCUGAAACCAAAUAUGAGCAGGAGAAUGAGCUCACCAGAACAUCCUACAGCUCUGUGGACUCCGGGGUGCAGUCUAUCUCCUCUUCCAAAACAAACCUGGCUGAGGGUCAGAGUCCUAAUCGGAGUGUGACGAAGCAAGAUUCAGUGCAAACUGCAAAACUUGACAUUCAGGAGCAGAAGGAGGUGCAAGAAGAGGAGGAAUUUGAACAUCCAGUCCUUCCUUCAACUCCUUUACAACAGCCCACAAAACAGCAGGAGAAGAAGGAGGAGCCUGUGGUGGCUCAGCCAAAGCUGCUGGACUUUUCUGUUCUCAGGGACUGCAGCUUUAUCUGCUACUCUCUCUUCGGCCUCUUUGCCACACUUGGCUUUUUUGCCCCACAACUCUACAUAAUUGAUUUGAGUGUGAGCUGUGGACUGGAGCGUAAUCAAGCCACGUACAUGCUGUCUACCAUGGCAGUGGCCGAAAUAUUCGGUCGUCUUUCCAUCGGCUGGAUACUGAACCGCCGGCCGGUUCGAAAAAUCUACAUCCUGCUGAUCUGCACCAUGUUGUUGAGCCUGGUGCUAGCGCUCUUCACUGCUGUCUCCGAGUUCUGGGGGCUGGCUUGCUGCUGUGCCGCUUUCGGCUUCCUGUUUGGCACUGUGGGCUCCACCCACAUUCCCAUGUUGGCUGAGGAUGAUGUGGUCGGCAUCGAUAGAAUGUCGUCAGCUGUUGGUGUUUAUGUUUUUAUUCAGAGCUUCGCUGGCCUGGCUGGACCACCGCUAGCAGGAGCACUGGUGGACUUUACAAAAAACUACGGCUCAGCCUUCUACACCAGUGCGGCCGGUGUGGGCACGGGGGCGCUGUUUCUGGGAUUGGUGCGACCCGCCAAAUUAGGCCUGUUCUCCUGUCGGAGGAAGAACGUGACGCUGGAGGAAAAACAGGAAAACUCUCACAGUGAGGAUACACCUAGUGACUUUCUGGAGGUGGACCUGAUUGUGGAAAGCAGCCCUGCCAAGAGCCAGAUGGAUUCAGCAGCAAUCUGAAAACACACAUGCAGAAGAACACACUGACAGAUGUGUUAAAUUCCACAUGAAUCUGAUAUAUAUAUAUAUAUAUAUAUAAAGUUACAAAGUACAGAGGAGUGUAGAGCAGAAAAGUCUCCAAUGCCCUGUUCAUUUAAUAACUGCAGAAAUGCUGUUAGACCUGGUGUUUAGGUUUCCCAUUACUAUUGUCCAUAUAGCGUGUGCAUAGUUUAAGAUUCACAAGUGUUUCUGUUUAUUUUCAAUAACAAAAGCUUGUUACAGGUUGAAAUACUCUGAACUCGGACACACACAUAUAUAUAUAUACUUUUAUAUAUGUUAGUAUAUGUUUACAUAAGCAUAUAUAUAUAUAGUUCAUGUUUCAUGUGGAAAUGAUGUACAUUAUGGAUUUAAAUGUGAUCACAAAUGCACAUUUUAACUUGAAUGAUUCACCCCAAAGAUGGACAUUCUCAAUCCCUUUUUUUCAGUGCCUCAUUUUCCUUUUUCCCUGUUUUCAAUUUGGACCAAAUGAAAAACCUCAGUGAACUCUGCUCUUUAGUGGCUGUGUGAAACGGUCACGAGUUUUAUUUAUGAUAGCUUAUCAUAAGCCUUUAUUUACACUGAUUACAAACUAGCUAACCUAUAUAAUAAUUUAUAUUAAGUUAAAAUACCUGCCUAUGUGUGUUUACACCAGGGUGUUUCUGCCUGUUUGUGAUUUACCCAUUAGUAUUUAAUGAAAACCAGGCUCGUUUUAACUACACUACCUUCUCGGUGGAAUUAUCUGGACCACCUUUAAUGGGGCCGGGGUCGCAGUGUGCUGCCGUGUCGCUGUAACAGCAGAGUGCUGUAUGAUUUAAGGUGGAACGGACUGUAGCGCUGAGGAGCUGAUGAGGCUAAAGGCGGCCUGUGGCUGGUGCGGGAAUGUGAGGCUCUGAGAGAAACAGAGCCGCUGGAGGGCAGGGAUCCUGUUAUCUGCUCCAGCUUCUCAUCUUCCAGCUUCUGUAAUGAUCUACAGUCUCUUCAGAAAAGCCCUGCUGUGUGAUGGAUGAAGAAUGAGUGUAGCUCAAAAUCGCUUUUAUUUAUUCCUUUAUAAAUAUGGUUCUUAUAGAAAAGAACAGCGGACCUCCUCACCACACCAAAACCCGUUACAGAGUGACUGAUCCAUCCAUCAGUUAGUGUGUUUAAUUCUGUUUCAUUUAUUUUUAUUCUAACUAAUGAUUUAGCGAACUUGAUAAAUAACGAGCGAGAAACAAUCUGAAUGAUAAAAUAGUAGCAAAAAGAGUGCGGUAUGUUGUUGAUUUCUGUAAUAAAUUACAUAAAUCACGUCUGACUUGAAUCUACACCUUUAAGACUUGAACAGCUCUGAUGUAUUCUGGUUUGUCAGGUAUAAUGUUAUAACUGCACUGUAUGACAUCGUUUUGUAUUAAUUUUGGGCAUCUUAUUUUCUUUUUUAUAUAUAUGUUGUGUAAUGAAAACAAACAAUAAUGUAGAAUAUGCCUUUGAAAUGCUGCAACUACUGCAAUUAGAGUAUUAUUUAAGCUAGAAUAAAUUCAAUUGGUGAUUUUA